GGGAUGACCUACAUAAAAAAAGAGUUCAAGCUGGAGACUAACCCCACACUAGAGGGUCUGAUUAUGUCCAUAUCAUUUAUUACUGGCACUGUUGUUACAAUAUUCUCUGGGACAGUCUCUGACAUGCUCGGAAGGCGUCCUAUGCUGAUAACAUCAUCGGUCAUGUUUUUCUUUAGCGGUUUGGUGAUGCUAUGGGCUCCCAAUGUUACUGUGGUUCUGUUAUCGAGGCUAUUGGAUGGAAUAGCCCUUGCACUCUCCAUAACACUCACUCCUCUCUACAUAUCAGAGAUAGCACCACCUGACAUCAGAGGCACUCUCAACACUCUCCCACAGUUUUCCUGUUCUGGGGGAAUGUUUCUGGCCUACAUCAUGGUCUUCUCAUUGUCCUUGGUCGAUUCUCCAAGUUGGAGAGCAAUGCUUGCUGUUGUGUCUAUUCCUUCUGUUGCUUAUUUUCUUCUAGCUGUGUUUUAUCUCCCUGAAUCUCCUCCUUGGCUUGUUAGUAAAGGGAGAGUCACCGAGGCUAAGAAAGUUCUGCAAAGACUUCGCAACAGUGAAGAUGUUUCAGGGGAACUGGCUUUGCUUGCUGAGGGAAUGAGUCCAGCGGGUGAAAAUGCCACCAUAGAAGAGUACAUAGUAACACCUGCCAGCGACCUCAUGGCCAACAAGGAAGCAGGGAGAGAUUGCAUAAAGCUCUAUGGACCUAACCAAGGACGAGUUUCAAUGGUUGCCCAACAGGUGAAUGGACAAGGCAGCAUGAUAUCUCGGAGCAUGUUAACCUUGUCUCGCCAAGGAAGCAUUGUUGCUCAGGCUGAAAAUCUCAAAGACCCUCUGGUCAAUCUCUUCGGGAUCGUCCAUGAUGGCAAUCCCCCGCCCCUUGAUUCGGGUGGUUCAAGAGCCAUGCUAAUGGGAGACACGUUUCAGAGCACUGACAAUUUGAAUGCUCCAUUGCUUUCAGCACAAGGCAGUACCCUGGAGAAGGACAAGGCUUUUGGAUCCAAGGAUGCAUUAGGAACAGGAAAUAAUGAUGGCAACCAACUACCUAAGAGCACUAGCAUUGGUGGAGGUUGGAAAUUGGUUUAUAAAUCAGCCGAAGGUGGAAGAAACGAAAAGGGGCUCCAAAGGGUUUACCUGCGUGCAGAUCCUAAUGCUGGAUCGGCUCAAGGUUCAUUUUAUGAUGGCUAUGACUUGAAUGCAGAUGGCAGUGAGUCUUUUCAAGCAUCUGCACUUGUCAGCCACUCAGUUCUCUGCCCUAAGAAUAUAAGCAUGAAACCAGAAAAUGCUGCCAAACGUACAGGUUUUGGUGGUUUGUCUGAUAUAGGAGUUAGGCGUGCAUUAGGUGUUGGAGUUGGCCUACAACUUCUUCAGCAGGCUGCUGGCAUAAAUGGAUUUCUAUACUAUGCUCCCCAGAUUCUUGACCAGGCAGGUGUUGGAGCUCUUCUGUCAAAUAUCGGUAUUAGUUCAACAUCUGCUUCUUUGCUCGUAAAUAUCGUUACAACAUUAGCAAUGCUUCCUUGUAUUGCCCUUUCCAUGAGGCUCAUGGAUGUUGCCGGCAGGAGGGCAAUAAUGUUAUACACAAUACCCAUUCUGAUAGUGUCUCUGAUGGUACUAAUACUCCGGAACUUAUUUGACAUGAGUGCUAACGUGAAUGCAAUAGUGACUGCAUUGAGUGUGAUGGUAUACGAAAGCUGCUUCGUCAUGGGAUUGGGUGCGAUUCCGAACAUAGUGUGUUCAGAAAUCUUCCCAACAAGUGUUCGUGGGAUAUGCAUUUCUAUUUGCUCCCUUACGUUCUGGAUCAGCAUCUUAAUAGUGACUUCUUCAUUUCCCUUCUUGCUCCAAAUCCUUGGGCUUUCAGGGGUCAUUGGAUUAUACGUAAUUGGGUGCAUAGCUGCAUGGAUAUUUGUCUACUUGAAAGUUCCUGAAACAAAGGGCAUGCCUUUGGAAGUCAUCAUUGAUUUCUUUGCUAUUGGUGCAAGGCCUGCUGAAUGAAACGCACUCAUGGAAAGAUUUUUUUAUUCAAAUAGUUGUUAUUCAUUAAUUCCCUUGAGAUAAUUCUUUAACUGUUUGAUGAGAACAUGUUAUACUUUGUAGCUCACAUCAUUCAAAUUU